UCAUAACAUUUCAAUUUCAAGUUUUGGUCCAAUAUUAAAUAUAAAAUAAAUAACAUCAUUUGUUAACUUUUCCGAAUAUCUUAUAUAUGAGCAUAAGUAUUUUUGAUUUAAGAAAAUGAUCGAAUUCUCUAUAAAUGAUAUCCCGGAAUUUUCUAAAAAGGAGCGCAUUGUUGUUGUCGGUGUUAUUGGAAAAUCUCCUUACCGGUAUCAUAACAAAACAACACCACUUUUACCGACAGCUAAAUGUGAAGAGAAUGGAAUUCAGUGCUUUUGGGAUGAAAGAAAAGGUAUACUUUACCUUCAUGCAAUAACCUACCUGGACACAAAAAGACUGGCAACACUUGUAGCUGAUCUUGAUGAAGAUUCCAAAUGCUCAGUGAAGGAUGCCGAUGCUGCUCACUGGCUGGUGGCAGCGGGAGAGCUGGCCAUAGAGUCCUGCAGAGCUAUGGCAUUAAUAUUUCACCUUAGUCACAUUGUAAUACUAUCCCUGCCUACACCAGUAUUCGAUCUAGGAUAUCUACAAUUGUUUGAAGCUAUUGACGGCUAUAGAAAUGAGUUACAUCUCCAAACUAAAGCUGCGUUAACAGAUGCUAAAAUUGGUGGUACAUGGGAGAGUCAUGGGAGACCCUGUUGCCCUCGCCUGCUCUUCCAUUUCCGUAGAGCUCCAGCACCAUUACGUAAAUCUCCAGCAGCUUUAAAGAGACUUGAACAUUCUGUUGAAGAUCAACUAUAUUUUAUGUUAAGGAAAACUAGGAUUAUUACUAAUGUAUGUGCGAAAUCUGUCUUCGCUAUACCCAAAAACGAAGAAUUUGUAUACAUAAAUACGGAGGAAGAAACCGGGUCUGCUCGCGAUGUUAGCACUUUAGUACGUGGUUUAGUACAGAUGUGCAAUGGUACAGAACCGGAAACUACCAGUGAGAGACCUAGCUUCCGACAGUUUCUACAAGGACAUAUUGAUUUAGCAUUUGGAGAAGGUUUUGAUGAUAAUGUCGGAAAAUAUGCUAUGAGUACUUCAUUUUUUGAGUUGCCAAGUGCCACCUCAUGGCGUAAAGCAGCUCAAGUUCUGACGCCCAUAUACCUUCAGAAUGAUAAGUGUGAUGAAGAGAAGGAAUCCGGCGGAGUGCUGUUUGAUACCCUAGCUACUGAUGUUAGAUUCUCUCAGGCCAGGUGUGCCAAGGUAUUACCAAUAGCACAAGCGUCAUACACUGAAGGUCUACCACCGUACUACUCCAGUCAGCAACACGCUCAUAAGGUGACAGUAGCUCUGGGUGAGUUAGAGGCGAUGGCGCGCGGCCCUCUGAUUGGUGGAGCGCGCGCCCGUCUGCGCAGCGCAUGCGCAGCUGUAUGGCAGUCGCGCAGACUUUGUGAAGUGCUCUCUCUCACACAACAUCCUUGUAUAGAGCCUGAACACGACAGUAGCAAGGAGCACUCGUCUGGUGUGAGGUACAUGAGCGCGUGCAACUGUGGCCGCAGCAAGUGUUCUCGUGAGGACCCUUACACACUGCGCCAAGCAAACUACGGCUUCUACCAGCAGGCCGCUGCCGAGUGUGGCGUGUGCAACACUCUCCUCGCCAUUGAUAUGCCUGUCUUCCAGCCCUCCACACCCACCUUCAGAGCUGCUUCAGUGAAAGGAAACAAUGAAGAGACUACAGAGACUCCUGAGGUGCAGGCGGAGGGUUCAGGUGAGGGCGGGACCACAGGCUCCGGCGAAGGGUGCGAGGGCUCCGCCUGGUCGGCGCACGCACUGUCCCCUGGCUCCGCACGUGACGAAGACCAUGAUGAUGACACCGCACCUCAUGACAGAGAGGGAUACGACCUAGUGCCAGUUAGAGAGGAAACUACCUCAGAGAAGGUAAUCAGUCGUCAGCCAUCAACAACCGAGUACUUGCCGGGCAUGCUGCACACAGCCAGCCCGCCGCAUCUGCUGCCCGCCUUCCCCAGCUGGUCUCUGCUCUGUCUCGGACCCUCCUCUCUCUACUCGCACAGCCUCGGCCUGCCCGAGCACCUGCAGCCCGGCUUCCUCCCCCACACCAACUACCUGCUGCCCUGGGACUGCGUCGUCAAAAUGGAGCAAGCCAACGCAUGGCGCGCGUCCCGGGGACGAGGCAAGGCGAUGCCUCAGCAUCAUCUCACUGUCAAGAUAUUUAUAGGAUUUGAAUACGAGUGCACGCGAGGACACAGGUUCAUGAUGUGCAGCCCCGAGGGUGCGCCGAGCGGGGGCGUGUCCAGCGGGAGCUGGGCGCGGGACGCGGCGGCGGGGGCGCGACUUGCGCAGACGCCGGUGCCGCUGCAGACCGCGUGCCUGUGCCGCGCCGCCCCGCGCGCUCACCUCGCCCGCGUGCACGUCGUCACGCCCAAGUCCAACGUGCACGUCACGCUGCACCCAAAGGUGCAACCUAUCCCAGGGGGACCGAUCUUUGUACCCCAGCCUGUUGGCGAGCCUCCAUUCAAGUUGAGCACGUCAGCGUACUGGGUGUUGCGGCUCCCGUACUUGUACGCGGACGAGCGCGGCUUGAUGCCCCGCCCCCGCCCCCCACACUACACCUCCGGUACUCUCAUACCACCACUAUUCGGACUACAGGACUAAUAUUUAAAAAUAUAAAAAAAAGUUACAAUCCUUUAGCGCGAAUGACGUGUUUU